AUGGAGAGGCUGCUGCUGCUGCCCCUGCUGUGGGCGGGGUCCCUGGAGAAGGAAUCACUAUACCAGCUGCAAGUGCAGGGACCAGUGACAGUGCAGGAGGGUCUGUGCGUCUCCGUGCCCUGCAACGUCUCCUACCCCCCACUUGGCCGGGCCGAGUCCACACGCGUUUACGGGGCAUGGUUCCGGAAAGGGGAUAGACUCCAAGAGGAUGUCCUUGUGGCCACAGACAACUCAGCCCGGGGUGGAAAGAAGAAGAGAAAUAUCCCAUUCCACCUCCUUGGGGACCCCAGGGCCAACAACUGCUCCCUGGGCAUCGCAGAGGCCCGCAAGAGGGACAGUGGAAACUAUUAUUUUCAGCUGACACGAGAAGCUGCGGAACACAAUUACAAGAAUAACCAGCUCACUGUGAACGUGAUCGCGCUAACAUGGACCCCCGAUGUCCACAUCGAGGAGCCCCUGGAGUCUGGCUCCAGCAGCCACCUCAAAUGCUCCCUGCCUGAGGCCUGUGACUGGGCCACGCCCCCCACCAUCUCCUGGACCGGGGCUGCCCUCAGACCCCCGGGACUGGACUCCAAGGAGGCCUAUAACUCCUCGGAGAUCCUGCUCACCCCCCGCCCGCAGGAUCACGGCUCAAGCCUCACCUGCCGGGUGACCUUCCGCAGGGCUUCUGUGAGCGCGGAGAGGACUGUCACGCUCAAUGUGUCCUAUCCUCCCCAGAAGCUGACCAUCAGCAUCUCCAGAGGAAUUGGCACAGAGCUGAAACACCUGGGGAACGGCUCAUCUCUUCCUGUUCUGGAAGGAGACUCUCUGCGCCUGGCCUGCGACACCGACAGCAACCCCCCGGCCACACUGAGCUGGUCCCAGGGGAGCCGGACCCUGAGCCCCUCACAUCCUUCAAGCCCUGGGGUCCUGUACCUGCCCCGAGUGGAGUCGGGCCACGAAGGCGAACUCACCUGCCGAGCUCAGCACCCUCGGGGCUCCCUGUGGAUCUCUGUGCAUCUCUCUGUGCAGACACCCCCGCAGCUGCUGGGCCCCUCCUGCUCCCAGGAGGAUGAGGGUCUGCGCUGCAGCUGCUCCUCUCGAGCCCGGCCAGCCCCCUCCCUGCGCUGGUGGCUGGGCGAGGGGCUGCUGGCUGGGGAGCUCAGCAACGCCUCCUUCGAGGUCGCCUCCAGCUCCAACGGGCCCUGGGCCAACAGUUCCCUGAGCCUCCGCGAGGGGCUCAGCUCCGGCCUCAGCCUCAGCUGUGAGGCUCUGAAUGUCCACGGGGCCCGGAGCGGGUCUGUCCUGCUGCUGCCAGGGAAGCCCAGGCUUGGAGGGGAAUUUGUUCUGGGGGCCAACGGGGGAGCUGGCGCCGCUGGCCUGCUCAGCCUCUGCUCCUGCCUCAUCUUCUUCAGAGUGAAGACCUGCAGGAAGGCAGCCCAUGAGAAGGAUGAACCCUGCACACUGGGUCCCACCUCCCAGGGUUACCAGGAUGAGAGUCCUCCAGGCAGCCCCCUGGCCCACCUGCCCCUAGCCGUGGCCACCCCCCUCUCUGGGGAGGAUCAGGAGCUUCAUUACGCCUCCCUCAGUUUCCUAGAGCUGAGGCCCUGGGAGCCUCGGGACCAGGCCGCCACCAGCACCACCGAAUAUGCAGAGGUCAAGAUCCUUAAAUGA